AUGCGCUGCGCAGGGAGCCUGGGCGAUCCGCAGAGGGCAGAGAGCAGCGAUGUCUACCACAGCUUCACUCCCAGGAAACGCGCUGUAUCUGCACCGUCCAGUAGGGAUGGCAUCAGGCACCUCAGUCCUGAUCAUCGGCAAUACGAACGUCAGACAGGAAGCCUUGUGUCUUAUUUGGAGGAAGAUGCAGACCUGUGGAAGGAUUUUGACCAGGGCCAGAAACAGAGAUUCUGCCUCCACGCUUUUAGCGAGAGCAAACAUUGGAGGAAAUUCACAGGUUUCAGCCUAAGACACGGAGGCCAUAUUACGGACAGUGGAGCUUCAGCAGGCGUGUUCACAAAACCUUCCAUCUUAGCGCACCCAAGCUCCCUGGUGCACGCAGGAGCCAGGGUGAGCCUGCGCUGUCACUCAGAACUGGCCUUUGAUGAAUUUGUCUUAUACAAAGAGGGGCACACACAGUAUUCCCAGCAGUAUGGUAAGAUGAUCCAGGCUGGACAUCACUCCUUCAAGGCUGUCUUUUCCGUGGGUCCUAUAACGCCUGCCCAUGCAGGAGCCUGCAGGUGCUGUGGUUGUUUCAGUCACUCCCGCUAUGUGUGGUCGGCUCCCAGUGACCCUCUGGACAUUGUGAUCACAGGAAAAUACAAAAAGCCCUCUCUCAUCACCCACGAGAAUGCCAUGGUGGAUCCAGGAGAUACAGUGACCUUGUUCUGCAGCUCCGAGAUCCCAUUUGACAAGUAUCAUCUAUCCAGGAAGCAGGAGGCUGGUGGUCACUGGCUCAGUGGAGGGCAGAGUCACAGUGGAACAUUCCAGGUCAACCUUCCUCUGUGCCUUGUGUCCCCAACCUCUAGUGGGAGCUACAGAUGCUAUGGUUCUUUCAAUGAGUCUCCCUAUGAGUGGUCAGCCCCCAGUAACCCACUGCACGUUUCUGUCACAGGAAUCCCUGAGAGUACUUGCCUGACAACCACGGAAUCAACCCCUGAAACCGAUGAGAAUACCACAUAUUCCAGCCCUGCUGUGAAGGAAAGGUGGAAUCAGAGAUGGGGAAUCUUCAGCUCAGAUAGGAGACACGCAGAAAGGUUUGCAUGUGGAAGUGCCAGCCUGUCAGCCUCUCCAGAGGCUCCAGAAGUGAGGCAGUCAGAAGGAAAAAUGACAGAUGAACAUAAUGCAUUGGGUUCAAUGGGCCAGGGCUGGAAGCAGCCACCUCCCCUGGGCAAAGCCUCAAUUUCAUAGAUCUUCUCAGCAUGGAGAGCUCACAAGUAUUGGAGGAUUGAGAGAAUGGGGUGUCUGGAAUAACGUAAAGCAACCGGAAGCUUGAUUCACCCAGAUGGGUAACCUGAGGAUAUGCCCUCCUAUGGAUCAGCUCAGGAAUUCCACGCUGGCUUCAACACAAAGGCCUUUUCACUUGUGCUUGCUGUCAUUCAGAUUCCCAUUAAAGAUGUGUGUUUUUAAUUAAUCACUUCAAAUAAAACCUUGACAUUAUUUUGCA